UUUCAAACUCAAAAUACUAAUAUAUGUAAUAUGUUUAGUAUUUGAAAACAUUUCAGGACUAUUUUGUAACAAAAGGAAAGAAAAGUGAAUGCGACCCAGAAAUACUAGAUGAUAAUUCCAUGGUUGUAAAGGGGUUGGGUUUCAAGUACCCUUUUAUCUAACAGUAUUGAUUACUGAACAACUUUUUUUCCCCUUUUUCUCCUUACCAAAGGCAAUGCCCACCUGCCCUCUGUUAGUGCCGAACUUUCUCCCCCUGAAUAUCUAAUGUAGAAGUAGAUUCAAGAGAACUACUCCCAGUACAAUAUACCCCAAACAAAACAAAUAACACUCAGCAGCUAACUUAAUAUCAAUUAAAAAGGAAGUCAAACAAAGGAGAGAGAAAGUGACCUGCGCAGGGGUCGAGUGACCUGCGGCUGGAGACAGGCAGCUCAGAUGGAGCUGAAAACCAGGUCGAUGGAAGGUCCCAUUUAGGGUACAAAAACCCCCAAAGAUGAUAAAGUUCUGACGGCUGGUUGGUGAGAUAUGGAUCUUCUUGAUUUCUGACCUAGGAGAGGGAAUAAGAAGAAGUCUGCAGGAUCAGUAGCUUAUCAGCUUCAGGUGGUCUUCAAUAGAGGAUCGAUUGGUCUCUUAGGAAGUAGAAUCAGUCCCCCAAAGGAUCUGCGGAUCAGAUCUCAGACUUGGGCAGCAAGAGAGGUUGAUUGGUUUUAAGAACAGGAACUUCUUGGUGGUCAAUCUUAGUAGUCCAGGUCUGACUUAAAUUGGAUCGAUUAGGGCAGCAACAGUGAACAGAGAUAGACAAUCGAUUGCAGAAAUUAAAGACAUAACAAAGGGAAAGUGGGGGAAGAGUGGCUAUCUCGGCCCGGGCUUCUCACCCACAGCUAUUCUGGCUGUUCUAAGCAAUUGAUUGCACUUUUCUUUAUUCAAAUUAGAUAAAUUAGAGUACAUUAGCUCCUCUAUAUAAGAGGGUAGAAUAGCAAUCAUAACAUGACUAGGAGCUAGUCUCCAACUAUGACUAGACAUUACAUGAUAGGAGUUGGACUCCAACUAGGAGUAGAACUAGAACUCCAACAUGGAGUAGGCAACUAACAUUCACUAACUAAAAGCCUCUCAUGGGCUGAGUACAUUGAUGGGCCCCAUGGGCCUUAUUAAAUUAAAUGACAACUUAAUUAAUUAGAUGUAAAUCGAUGGGCCCAAUGGGCCCUUAUUUAAAUCAUUUAAAUCCCCUUAUUUAAGUGGGGCGAUAGGACUACUUGGGCUGGGCUUUCUCCUGUGAUAGCCUAGACCAUAGUAUGGAUCCACAUCAAUGUCCUCCAUCAUGAAUGGUUGAUUUCAAACCAUUUCAGUAAUCCAAAUUCCUUAAUGAUCGAUUGGUGAAUGGCAUUUGUGGCUGUAUAGAGGGAAAAUUAGUUUGAUGGGUGAACAAGAGAAGGUCCUCAGUGUACAAUGGUGUAUGAAAAUGUCCAUGCAACUAUCAUGUUGUAUUUUGGGUAUUCCUUCCCGACAUGUUAAAAUUUUCUUUCCAUGCAAAUGAUGAGUAAUUGUAAAGGCAUUCAAAAUUAUGUAAAAUUUACAGAAUGUAUGAAUCUAUACAUUAGUUCUCUCUUCAAAAUUCAAGUACAAACAUUGAUACGGUGAACUGAGCACUUUCCAGAGAAGUUGAUGAGAUUUGAAUUGCAGUCACUUUUGUGUUUUCUACAAUAAACUUUCUGUUAUUUCAACCUAUGCUUUGUGCAAGUCCUUUUUAAGUAUUAAGUUGUAGAACAACGCUCAUGCUUCUCUUGAUAUCCUUUUUCAAAUGGUCUUUGCCCCUCCCCUCCCCCUUUCUUUCUCCCUUAUUGGUUUCUCUUCAUGGGUUUGGGAAGAUUCCUGAGCAUUCUGGUCUGUGUAUUGUUAGGAAAAAUGGAUUUACUUUGGAAGAGGAUGUACAUGCUCCUCCUGGCUGCCAAUUUAAAUUAAAAGCUGUACCCUUCAGUAAAAACAUAACUUUUGGAGCUGAAGAUUUUAAGGAGCUCAUAUCUACCCUUGCCGAUAGUCAAGGGGAGUGCUCGAUGAUUAGUAGUUACAAAAUGGACACUUCAGAUUCUGUUUGCCCAUCAAGAGUCCGUGCUAUGCUGGCGUCGCGUGCUUGCCGUUCAUCCGUUAUGAUCGGAGAUCCACUGGGCCGAAAUGAGAUGAAAAAGAUACUUAAGCAUUUGGCGGACCUCAAGUCUCCUUGGAAUUGCCCACAUGGCAGGCCAACCAUGCGGCACUUGAUAGACCUGACAACCGUACGCAAGACGUAAGAUCAGUGUGAUUUGAAUUGUGAAGGCACGUCUAACAAUUUUCCUUUUUGGUUCAGAUCUAGUUUGGUUGCAUGUUCCUUGUAAAUGUAUUUCUUUUUCAGUUGACGACAUCGUAAGUUCAGUUGAUGUAGCCUUCAAAUUGGGCAACCAAAAACACAACAUUCCCUUAUAGUAAUCGGAAAGCAAAUAUUGGCCCUAGCA